AAAAAAAAAAUAUAUACAAAAUUUUAAAACUCAACGGAAAUUAUUUUAUGGGUGGAGAGUAAAAAAAAAAUUGUUUCGAAAACUUUUGUGGGCCUUUGAGGUAGGGGAGCGGUUUUGGGCUGAGGUUGGAAUCAUGUGGGCUAAGGAAAAAUAGUCCAGUAUCAAGGUCGAUAGUCCACAAGAACACCGGGCUUGGGAAAGCAUUUGACCGAUAGAUCAGAAAGAAAUUUUUUUCACUGACGACCUCUAUCCACUUCAAUAAUAAAAAUCUCUAAAAUUCGCCACCCCCCGGCAAUCAUACGCCCCAACGCCACCACCGCAUUUUUUUUUCUUCACAAUGGCCGGAACCGCCGUCCAGCGACCGUCUUCAAAUUUCUACGAUCUUGAUAUUACAAUCGUCUCCGCAAAGAAUCUCAAGAAUGUUAAUUGGCGUCAAGGUGAUCUCAAACCCUACGCCAUAUUCUGGGUCGAACCUGAACGCCGGCAAGCCACCAAAUCCGACGAUUCCGGCUCCACUCGGCCAGUUUGGAACGAGCGAUUCGUCCUCCCAUUGACCAGUCCCCCACAAGAAUCCCUGCUGACUCUGGAGAUCUUCCACUCGAAGCCUUCGGAGGCACCUAAGCCCUUGGUUGGCACUCUCCGAUUUCAGCUCAAGGAUUUGGUUGAUUCCGACGAUCCCGCAAAACUCAGGACUUUCGAGCUCCGGCGUCCAUCCGGUCGUCCUCAGGGUAAGAUCCGUCUGAAGCUUUCUCUACGUGAACGCCCUGUACCAGAUUACCAAAUUGCCCCUACGCCGAGCUAUUAUUACUCCAGUGCCCCUCCUCCUCCACCUUCCCUCACGACGCGUGAUUACAGAGGAUAUUCAAUUCCUUCCUACACCUCCCACCCUCAGCCAUCGCCAGCGCCGCCGCCUCCUCCGGCUGCUCCGUCGCCUCCCCCUCCACCUCCACCAACGCAUCCGCAUUCAUAUCAGUACAGUGAAUAUUCCAGUCCGUAUUCCAGCUACUAUUCGGGUUACUACUCUCAGCAGCAACCGAUGCCACCGCCUCCGCCCAGGCCUUUUUUUGAGCGGCAAUUGAACUAUGCUGCUCCGGGCCCCAGUGCGCCUGUAGAUUAUGCCACGUAUGACCACAACAAGCGUGGUGGUAAAAUGGGGAUUGGGACCGGUUUGGCGGUUGGGGCAGUGGCUGGAGCACUUGGAGGGUUGGCACUGGAUGAAGGGUUGAAGUACGAGGAAGAAAAGAUUUCAGAGAGAGUUGAGAAUGAUUUGGCCGCGAGGGAUGAUUACAGCGAUUAUCGAGCUGACUACUAAUAUGACAAAUCAUAUAAGCGAAAUUUGUUUUCUUCUAUUGUUUGUUUUUUUUAUGAACAGAAAAAAGAAAAUUAAAAAGCUUGCCUUUGAGACAAGGUCAGGGGCUUAUCUGGAUUGUAUGAUGGGAGACUAUAUGUAUAUAGGGUGCUUUUGUGCUUUGUGUUCUGAAGGAUGAUUUUAUAUCGCUUACGGAGCUAUGUUUAUGAUUGGAUGAAUAAAGAUUUGUGCUUGCAGAGAAUUCUACUUUGAUUCUUCGGAGUUUGGUUAUCAGCAAUGGUUAAGGCUGUUGAAAUGUUCCUUUUCUUUACUGUCCGUUUGUGGUUUUUGUGCUGAGCAAGGUUUUUUGCUGUGUAUGAGUAGAUUAAACAUAGACAUUGGUUUUUUGUCCUGCUCUCUCUCUUGUUUUCACGUGAAGUUAUUUUGUAUUCAUAACAAUUCCUUGGUUCAGAUUACUGUCCAUUUUGUCUAUACAUGUCUUUUC